AUUGGACGUAGAAGUAAUUCACGUGUGAUUCCGAAACAUGACUGUAGCUUGAAGUGAAAUUGUAGAAGUGUUUCUCAGUCCCUAAUUUAAUUGAAAAUGGUGCGUAAAUUGAAAUUUCACGAGCAAAAGCUCUUAAAAAAGGUCGAUUUCUUAAACUGGGAAGUCGACAAUAACUUGCACGAGGUUAAGAUACUACGAAAAUAUCAUAUCGAGAAGAGAGAGGACUACACAAAGUACAACAAAUUAAGUCGUAAUAUAAGAGAAUUGUGUAGAAAAAUCAGGGACCUUGACGAAAAGGACGGAUUCAGGUCUCACAGUACUGCGCUUCUCCUGGAAAAGCUGUACACUGUGGGAUUGAUCCCCACCAAACAGAACCUCUCUUUAGUUGAGAAUGUCAGUGCCUCCUCCUUCUGCAGGAGACGCCUUCCAACAGUAAUGGUGCGAUUACGCAUGGCACAGAAUCUGAAGACAGCAAUUACCUUUAUCGAGCAAGGACACAUCAGAGUUGGACCAGAAAUUGUUACAGAUCCUGCAUUCCUCGUCACCAGAAAUAUGGAGGACUUUGUAACGUGGGUUGAUUCUUCCAAGAUUAAACAGCAUGUCAUGAAUUACAAUGAAGAGAGGGAUGACUUUGACCUUGUGGUGUAGACUUCUACAGAGAAUGGAGCCAUUCAAGCAGGCCUCUGUUUGGAUGUCGUCUUCAAAACUGCAUAUGCCCCUUUUGUGAUUGUUCCGUAUCUUAUACAUAACUAAAACAUCAGAAAACAA